AUGUUUCAACUCUGGAGCAACGAGUUGCCAGCCGGCUCCGGGCUGAGUGCCCACGCCAUGGCCUUUGGGCUGCCCAAGGCGCAGUACCCCGGGCACGUCACCCCGGGCUCUCCCCUGACCCCACCGGCCGAGCACACCUACUCCUUCGAGCUGUCGCCGGUCAAGGUCCUGGCUCCCCAGGGGCCACCUGGCUCCUCCUACCACUUCCCUGAGGCUCAGGACUUCCCCAGCUUCUUGGAGAGCUCUGGCGGCAUGGCCCCCCGGCCCCUGGGCCCCGGACCCCCCAAUGCCCCAGGGGGCCACGCGGAAGAUGCCCCCUGGUGGAGCCUGCAGCAGCCCACCCCGGGCAACCUGCCUGCCUUCCACCUGAGCCGGCCCCUGAUGCUGGGGCCACAGCCCCCGCUCCCAGCCCUGCUACACGGCUCCCCCAAGGGGCUGCUGGGCCCGGCCCGGCGCUGCCGGCGCUGCAAGUGCCCCAACUGCCAGGCGGGCGCCGAGGAGCCGGGCAAGAAGAAGCAGCACCUGUGCCACUUGCCGGGCUGCGGGAAGGUCUACGGCAAGACGUCCCACCUGAAGGCCCACCUGCGCUGGCACGCGGGCGAGCGCCCCUUCGUCUGCACCUGGCUGUACUGCGGGAAGAGCUUCACCCGCUCGGACGAGCUGCAGCGCCACCUGCGGACUCACACGGGCGAGAAGCGCUUCGGGUGCCAGGGCUGCGGGAAGCGCUUCAUGCGCAGUGACCACCUGGCCAAGCACAUCAAGACCCAUCAGGGCAAGCGAGCCAAGGGCAGCGGGGCCCAGUUGGGCACCAUCAAGCAGGAGUGA